AUGGAAGACGCAUAUCACUGCCAGAUCGCUGCCGUCCUCCCUGGAUUUCAAAACCGUAGGCUUUUCGCCGCCCUCACCCUGCCCGUGAUGUCGCGCGCUUUUGCAGAGGGCAGGGGGGUGUUUGGGGAAGCGUCGAGCGAGGAGAACGUGAGCAAAUAUGCACAUACGGGCGCGAAGCAGCGUAUAAACGCCCUCCGUGCUGACCAAGGCUCGCAAGCACAACAUCAGCCAAGACAACAACACGAGCAAGAUCCAGCACGUCCUCCUCGAGAUGUUGUGCCAGGAUACAGGACCACGCCCGGAUUGGGAGCAGGAACCGCACCCACCCCGGUCGCACAGGGCACCCCUCCAGGUUAUGCCUGGGUCGAUACUGCUCAAUUUUCCCGACUUGGCCAAAGUGGGCUAUUCAUCCAUCAGCCCUUGACCGGGUUCCCCACAGCAGCACCAACCGUAUUUCCAACCCAAGACGCACAAGCAGCAGACCAACUCCCAGCCGAAGCAGACAGCUCCUUCGCCUCCUUCCUCGAGUCUCCUUUCUCUUCCUUACCUCCAGAAGUCAGCGCCACCUACAGACUACCGAAUGUGGACACUUUUCUGCCCGAUACGUUCUUUGACCGGCCGUUUGAUGCUGCUGCUCCUUUGGGGCCAGUGGGGGAGAUGGGGAUAGGGGGGAUGCCGGGAGGGAUGUUAGGCGGAUUUAGCGGGUUGGGGUUCUUGCAUCCCAGCCCGCCGAGUUGGGGAGGGAGUAACAGCAGUUCUCCGCUCGUCCUCCCCACACAACCAAACAUCACCACUCAGCCCUCCCAAUCUUCCCUUCGGUCCUCCCAGCCCCUCCUCACACCGGUCUCACAGCGCUCCCCACCCCCAGUCCAGACCGCUACGCCGAUCCCCUCCCCUCUCUCAGACAGCAUCCUCAUCCCGCACAUCGCGCUCUUCUUCGAACGCCUCCACCCAAUCAUGCCCAUUUUCACCCGUUCCUGGCUCUUCUCCCGCCUAGACCGGUCCGAGCACCACCAAGACCCACAAUUCGCCGCCAUGCUCUUAUCUAUGUCUGCUCUAGCCCUCACCCAGCCCGUGCAAGCGAGCGAGCCCUCCCUUCCGGAAAAACGCGCCCAGGCCGGGCACUUGCUAGAAGAAAGCUGCCGCAUGCGUUCCAGCGCGCUAUUUGCCCAGCACGCGAGUAUCGAUAUGGUCCUUACGAGCUUUUAUGUCUUUGCAUGCUUGUUCGGCAUGAAAGAGGAUAAUGCCGCUUGGUUCAGGCUUACGGAGGCUGUGACGCUGGGUCAGCUGCUAAAGCUUCAUGUCCCGGGGAGCUAUGAGGGGUUAGAGAAGGGGGAGAGGGAGAGAAGACUCAGGACGUAUUGGAUCCUGUGCAUCACAGAAAGAGCAUACGCGUUACAGCGCGGGCAUGGGAUCACUUUCCGCGGCAGACCAUCGCAAGACAUGGGCGCAAUAGCUAGCAAGCUGCAAGUAGGAGAGCUGGACGAUUUCCCGGUCCGACAUCUCAAGCUGUUCGAUAGUGUCGACGAGGACUUUAUCGAUUGUUGGAACGGGCGCUGUGCUGGUCGCACUUGUACGACACUGGACGUCGCCCGUGCUCUUGCGCUGCACAAGCAGCUAAGCGAGUCCCUAGACAGUGCUGAUACGUCUAAUCAAGAAAGCUUCGAGGUCUUAUCCUCUCUUACGAGCGCGUGGAAGCGGGGAGAGAUCCAGAGCGCGGAUGUACUUAUCACCCAGCAAUGGCUGCUUAACCGGCUCUGGAGGUUAUGCAUGUCCCAUGGGUUGAUAAGCCCUUCUGCUUCUGAGCCGGCUCUGCGCGUCGACUUGCCAGUGACGAUCGCCCAUGCCGCGCUGGCGAUAUGCAACAAGCUCAGUAUGACGAGUAUUGAAGCUCACGGGAUUGGCUACCUGGAAAAACUGUAUGACAUAGCCGCGACGCUGGCGGUGCUUAACCAGUACGCGCCAGAAGUUGUGAGCCGGCUGACGGAGGACGGGCUGAGUGUGAGUCAGCUGCUGGCUGAGUAUGUGGCAUUGUUUAGGAGGUUCAGGGGCGGGGAUCACCCGUUUAUGGGAAAGUUGCUGGAGGCGAUCGGGCAUCUGUUACCGCCGUGAUAUGGGCCAUUCAGCCUCUCAGUAUGUUAGGCUUGCUGUAUAUUUAAGAUGUAUGCAUAUC